AUGCAGAAACCUGACCGACCUGCCGAUUUAACGUUCGUUUUGCAAUCUUCUGGUUUUCUUUCAGCACUUAGAAUGCGACCACAACUCUUUCUCAGAUCUGUUUUCUCUCAGCAUAUCUUUGUUUUUACCAUUUUUCCAUUCAUUCUUCUCUCUCUCUCUUUCUCUCUCUCUCACAAACACACACACACACUCUCUCUCUCUCACCCUCUCUCUCUCCCUCUCUCUCUCUCUGACUGUCUCUCUUUUUAUCUCUCUCAUUUCUCCCUUUGGUCUCUCGUCUGGUCUCACAAGUUCUACCCCACUCUUCUCGUCAUUAGAUUUUAUUUUCUCUUUAUAUGCACACUCUUUUUCCCCACAGAAGUUCUCUACGGGUUUUCUUUCUUUUCUUUUUUAUUUCGUUUCUUUCCUUCUUUCUUUCUUUCUUUCUUUCUUUCUUUCUUUCUUCCUUUCUUCCUGUCUUUCUUGCUUUCUUUCUUUCUUUCUUUCUUUUCAUUUCUUUUAAUUUCUUUCUUUUUCUUUUUUCGUUUCUUUCUUUCUUUUUUCUUUCUUUCUUUCUUUCUUUCUUUCUUUUUUAUUCCUUUUUCUUCCUGUCUUUUUCUUCCUGUCUUUCUUUCUUUCUUUCUUUCUUUCACUAUUAAUUUCUUUCUUUUUCUUUUUUAUUUCGUUUCUUUCUUUCUUUCUUUCUUUCUUCCUUUCUUCCUGUCUUUCUUGCUUUUCUUUCUUUCUUUCUUCCUUUCUUUUUUAUUUUUUUUCUUUUUCUUUCUUUUUCUUUUUUCUUUCUUUUUUUCUUUCUUUCCUUCUUUUCUUUCUUUCUUUCUUUCUUUCUUUCUUUCUUUUUUUAUUUCUUCCUUCCUUUCUUCCUUCCUUUCUUCCUGUCUUUCUUUUUCUUUCUUUCUUCCUUUUCUUUCACUAUUAAUUUCUUUCUUUUCUUUUUUUUUUUCGUUUCUUUCUUUCUUUCUUUCUUUCUUUCUUUCCUUCCUUUCUUCCUGUCUUUCUUGCUUUCUUUUUUCUUCCUUUCUUUCACUAUUAAUUUUUUCUUUUUUUUUUUUUUUCGUUUCUUUCCUUUUUCUUUCUUUCUUUUUCUUUCUUUCUUUUCUUUUCCUUCCUUUCUUCCGGUCUUUUUUGCUUUCUUUCUUUUUUCUUCCUUUCUUUCUUUCUUCCUUUCUUUUCUUUGUUUUUUUUUUUUCUUUCGUUUCUUUCCUUCUUUUCUUUUUUUUUUUUUUCUUUCCUUUUCUUUCUUUCUUUCUUCCUUUCUUCCUGUCUUACUCUUUCUUUUUCUUUCUUUCUUCCUUUCUUUCACUAUUAUUUUCUUCUUUUUUUUCUUUUUUAUUUCGUUUCUUUCCUUCUUCUUUCUUUCUUCUUUCUUUCCUUCCUUUCUUCCUGUCUUUCUUGCUUUCUUUCUUUCUUCCUUUCUUUCACUAUUAA